AGUCGCCUGGAUGGCCUACUCGACUAUGAGGUACCAAGUGCAGAGAAUUUUAAAGGCAUGCGACAUCUGCUGACCAGCAUAAAUGACAAGAUGUCAAAGCACCGACUGCUCGUGGACCGAUACGCUGGGCUCGACUUGUCCGAAGACAAAAUUCCGGUGUCGGAUAGAGUUGAUGCGAAGUUUAACGAACUUGUGAUUCGCAUGCCUUCAUUGUCAGCUUCAAGAAAUUCAGCCUACGGCUGCGCAGACGAAGAGAGAAUCAGCAAAUUCGAUUCAAAGCUGAUUCCGGUGAGUGUUGAAUAUAAAACACUGGAUCAUUUUGAUCUGGACCCAGUUUUGUCUAGACCUGGUUCAUCUUACAACCGGAUCCGGUUGGAGUGA